GCUGCGCGCAUGCGCAUUACGUUGAGUUCUGUUGAGUUUCAUUGAGUUUCGCGCGCCGGGCUACAAGAGAGUCUGCCGAACUGCUUCUGAACCGCAGUAUUUCAUAUCUGACUUUAUUAUCUCAAUUGCGAAGACAGCAUGUGGAACCAGGGGGGAUACGGUGAGUCGAGUACGGUCGGGGGCUACACUCAGUCACCGGGGGGCUUCGGCUCACCUGCCGCCUCCCAGGGAGGAGAGAAGAAAGGGAGAACCCGUGCCUCUCAGAUCAUCCCGUGCACAGUGUCCCAGCUGAUGUCUGCCUCCCAGGCGGACGAGGCCUUCAAAGUAGGAGAGGUGGAAGUUUCCCAGGUCACCUUCGUGGGUAUCAUCAGGAGCACAGACAAAUCCAUGACCAACAUCCAGUACAAGGUGGACGACAUGACCUGUGCGCCCAUGGACGUGAAGCAGUGGGUGGACACUGAGGACGCCGGUGUGGACAGCACCGUCCUGCCUCCGGGGACAUACGUCAAAGUCUCCGGCAACCUGCGCUCCUUCCAGAACCACCGGUCCGUCGUGGCCUUUGGCGUCAGGCCCCUGGAGGACAUGAAUGAAUUGACCUCGCAUAUGCUGGAGGUCGUCCAAGCGCACCUGGCGCUCAGCAAACCUCACUCCAUGGUGAGUGAUGGAGGAGGAAAGAGCAGCGACGGCGCUCCUAUUUCCCGACUGACGGGCAGCAGAGGGGGAAGCUACGAAGGUGCUGCUGACAUCGUUAACAACGGGUUAAGCGCCAACCAGAAUCAGGUGUUGAGCUUGAUCCGAGGCUGCCCGGAACCAAAAGGCAUCAGCAUUCAGGAGCUGAAGCAGAGACUCAGUGUCAUGAGUAUGGGGAUCAUAAAGCAAGCUGUGGAAUUCCUGAGCAACGAAGGUCACAUCUUCUCCACCAUCGACGACGAGCACUACAAAUCCACAGACAACGACGAAGAAAGUGUCCGUCACCUCGGUGACGAGAUCCGCGUGGCACUCGGGCGUUUGACCGGCGGGCCACGGCAGGGCUUCCCUGGUGAAAGAGACGGACAUCGAGAGCCACUGGGUCAGCAUCUCGAAGCGGUGGUCCGGCCGGUGCGGGAAGCUCGCCUGGAUGCUGGGCUCCAACAUGGCGGCCUCUAUUCUGAGACACGGGAACCCGACCAGGGGAUCGGCCUCCAGCUUUGCGUCCCGGCUCACGACCUUCACGUCCAGCGGCCAACUGAACUGCUCACCCAAUUCUUUGAGUCUGUACUUCUUGUUGUCGGCUAUCACCUCCACGAAGUGACCCUGCAUGUACAGAGGCAGGAAGAUCUCCUCGCUCCCAUCCUCCCGCUCGACCUCCUCUUCGUCCUCAUCGUCGCAGUCGUCGUCCGCCUCUUGGAGACGCAGACACAAAAGAGCCUCCACGGCCGGCUUCUGUCCCCGGGCACCGUCGCGCGCCAGCUCCACCGUAUCGCAGCGGACGACCUCCAGCUGGUCGCCCACACUGAGGGCAGGCAGGCCUUCCUCCUCGUCUUCCUCGCAGCUCCGCGUCACGGCCACCUUCAGGCCCGGGGCCUGCAUCGAGGCGACCUGGACAAUAAAACCACGGCGGAGGUUCCGAUCUUGUGGAAAAUCACGCGGGCGUCUUUGGUGAGUUCUGGCAGCCAGCUGCACCUGAACGGGGAGUGGGUGUCCGGGCCCUCCAGUAUCUCCACCACCGUCGGGAAGGACUCUUCCGGCUGGGAGAGGACCUCCAGAAAGCGGGAGACACACUUCGGCGGAGACUUCCUGUUGUCCCCGAACGUGGCACCGCACGAGGUCCUCCUCGCCCGCGUGCCGCUCGACCGAGAGCACCGUCAGAGCCGUGUUGGCCCCCAGCGUGUAGCUGCCGACGUCGAUCCUGGAGCGGCUGGUGAAGGUGAAGGGGAGGCAGGAGUCCAGGCCCACGGGCCUCAGGCUCAGCAUCUCCUCCAGCGUACUAUGGCGACUAAAAUAAGCAAAGAAAGUGCUCCUCCUUUUGAUUGUCCGUCAUGGGCAGGCAAGCCGCCUCAGGGUCUCCACCUGGACGUGAUGAAGGGAGACAAGCUGAUGGAGAAACUGAUCAUAGAUGAAAAGAAGUACUACUUGUUCGGAAGGAACCCGGACUGGUGUGACUUCACCAUUGACCAUCAGUCGUGCUCACGUGUCCACGCCGCCCUGGUCUACCACAAACACCUGAAAAGGCUCUUUCUCAUAGACCUCAACAGCACCCACGGUACUUAUCUGGGACACAUCCGUCUGGAGGCACACAAGCCCCAGCAAGUUCCCAUAGACUCCACGGUGUCUUUUGGAGCCUCAACAAGGACCUACACAAUCAGAGAAAAGCCCCAGGCGCAAGGGACCGCCGGCACAGGAGACAGUAAGACGGGAGAGGACGAGGAGCUGAAAGGACUGCUCGGGCUUCCAGAGGAAGAGACAGAGCUGGAGAACCUGACCGAGUUCAAUACAGCUCACAACAAGCGCAUCUCCUUACUGACCAUCGAGGAGGGUAAUCUGGAGAUCCAGAGGCCCAAGAGGAAGCGGAGGAACUCCAGGGUUACCUUCAAUGAGGACGACUCCAUCAUUAACCCUGAGGAUAUCGACCCUUCGGUGGGACGGUUUAGAAACAUGGUGCAGACGGCUGUAAUCCCAAUCAAGAAACGUAGAUCCGAGGGUCACAACACGCUCGGCCUCGAUGACCUGACUUCAAAGCGGAUCCACAGCUACAGCCUGGGGGGGGGUCUCUAUGGGGACUUGCCUCCCACCAGUCACGAGAACCAGCCAACAGCUCCGGGAGGGGCUUCCAUGCAGGGAGGGCUUCCUCUGCCCUUCCCCAAUCCGGCGCCAGAGGUGGACCUGGCCCCAGAGGCACCCCAGCCCCCUGUCACGCUCAACCCCACCCCGGUCACAGCCCCCUACCUACCAGAGACUCACAACGAGCCACGCAAAAAGAAGUAUGCCAAAGAAGCUUGGCCGGGGAAGAAGCCCACCCCGUCACUACUCAUCUAA